AGACAACUUCCAGCAAACUCCCUCUAAACCUGACAGACUGACGUAACGCAAGACUCCAGUCUGACCGGCACAUCUGCGCGUGUUACUUGUACGCUCUGUGGAUGCCACGAGGGAACGCUUGUGGAUUCUACCUGUAGCAAACAAAAUUUCUUGUUUCAAUGCAUUUCUCUCAGGAAUACAGUAAUGUGGAGACUCCUGUCGUGGAUUCUUUUGACAGCCAGUUUGCACCAGGCCAGUUCCCACAACUCCACAGACUCUCCUCUUGUGACCACAGAUUUGGACCCUUAUAAUAGAAAUCGAUACUGCAAAUGGCCCUGUAAGUGUCCCAAGAGUGACCCUGUUUGCCCACAUGGGGUCAGCUUGUUGACCGAUGGAUGUGACUGCUGCAAGGCCUGUGCCAAGCAGGUGGGAGAGACCUGUAAUGAGAGAGAUACCUGUGACUAUCAUAAAGGGCUUUACUGUGACUACAGUGCUGACAAGCCGAGGUACGAAAAAGGAGUGUGUGCAUAUGUUAUGGGAACAGGCUGUGAGUAUAACGGUGUGAUUUACCGUAAUGGCCAAAGCUUUCAGCCCAAUUGUAAGUACCGUUGUCUGUGUGUGAAUGGGGCGAUUGGAUGUGUGUCGCUCUGCACCGAGUCCCUGCCGCCCCGGGUCUGGUGUCAGUCACCCAAGCGAGUCAAGAUCCCAGGCCAGUGUUGUGAGAAAUGGAUUUGCGAAGAGUCCCGUAAACCACGAAAGACCAACCCCAGACAUGCACCUGAGGAGGUGUCCCUCACCUCUAAUGAUAUUUGGCACAAAAACUGCAUUACCCAGACUACCCCAUGGAGUCCCUGCUCAAAGACCUGUGGGCGGGGCAUAUCACAGCGCAUCUCUAAUGACAAUGCUGGCUGUAUGAUGGAGAAAGAGUCUCGACUGUGUAACCUCCGACCCUGUGAGGUGGACAUCACCAAGCACUUUAGACCGGGUAAGAAAUGCCUGAACAUCUACCGUGAGCCAGAGGUUCAGAACUUCACCAUCUCGGGGUGUGUCAGUACGAAGGCGUAUUGGCCCAAGUACUGUGGAGUCUGUACCGAUGAGCGCUGCUGCAUCCCAUACAAGUCUAAGACCAUCGAGGUGGAGUUUGUGUGUCCAAAUGGGUCAGUUUUUUCCUGGAAGUACAUGUGGAUCAACGCCUGCUUCUGCAACCUCUCCUGCAGGAAUCCAAACGAUAUCUUUGCAGAUCUCGAGCAAUACUAUGAGGUCAAUGAGAUUGUUAACUAAGUAUUUCACUGAAUCCCAGAUACAAUCUCUUUUUAUGGCAUCCUCCUUAGGUUCAUAUUUGUAGUCUGUGCAUCACACUUGACAGUAACAGGGAUGCUGGAGAGCACAGAAAGUACUGUUGAUGAGAAAUUUGGAUUGAAUUCGGAUGAUUUAUGAAUAAACAUCAGCACAGUUACUCAUAGAGAUGGCUUGUGAAGUGAACAAUGAUACUUCAGACUGAAGUACUUUAUGGACUUUAUAUUUUUAUAAGGAUGGAUGGAUGAGGGACAAAAUAUGAAAUUAAGAAAAUGUUAAAUUUAAGAUGUUGACUUCCUGUUCCAAAUCGGAGAAGUCCAAAAAACUGUUUUAAUAUUUUGCAAAUAUGUUUAAAAAAUACAGCCUUUCAACGAAAAAAACUGAACUCUCCUUAAAGGAAUACACAUCAUCAGUUUUUGAAAAUAUAUAUUAGAUAAAAUGGUGUUAAAGGACGUGUUUGUAUCUUUGUUAUGUAACAUAUUCUGAAAUACAUAUAAAAGAAUUGACAGUGAUCUUGAUAUUUACACUUUCAUUUUGCCAAGUUGUUACUGUUCAUAUUUAAUUCUGGAAAUAUGCAGAAAUGUAUCUUUUUUAAUAAAAGACAUUUGCUUAUU